CUCCCUCCAUCAGCCCCCCUUUUCAAGGCAAACUUUUGGCAAUAGCAGAGAUAAUCAUUUCGUGCUCCGUUGAAUUUCUCCUCGCAAAUGUCUUUCGAUCAGGGGAGCCAUUAAAAAAAUAAAAAAAUUAAAAAAAAUUAAAAAGCCAGGGAGAAAGCCAGCACGGAGAGGAGAGAAGAGAAACUGGAAUCUCAAUAAAUAUGCAAAGUGAAGGCUCGACUAAGCAGAUUUCCUGCAUUGCCUUCUCAGGGUGCUGAGAGCCACUGAGAGAAUAAUCAUAAUAGAUAUCUAUAUUAUUAUUAUUAUUAUUAUUAUUAUUUUUUUUUUUUAGAAAAAAAAUAAUAAGAAAGGACUGGAAAGGAAGCAAGGGAGUCGGUGAUCAACGCAGGGGAAAAAAAAUAACCCAGGACGAAAGCGGGGAACUGCAUGCAAGGUGCCUGGACCUGUGUGCAAGAGAUGCAACCUGCAAGCAAGCUUUUGAGCCUCUUCUUUCUCAUCUUGAUGGGCACAGAACUAACUCAAGUGUUGCCUACCAACCCAGAGGAAAGCUGGCAGGUGUACAGCUCUGCCCAAGACAGCGAGGGACGUUGUAUAUGCACAGUGGUGGCACCCCAACAGACGAUGUGCUCACGUGAUGCUAGGACAAAGCAGCUGAGGCAGCUAUUAGAAAAGGUGCAAAACAUGUCUCAGUCAAUAGAGGUGUUGGACAGGCGGACCCAGAGAGACCUGCAAUAUGUUGAGAAGAUGGAAAACCAGAUGAGGGGGUUGGAAACAAAGUUCAAGCAAGUGGAAGAAAGCCACAAGCAGCACCUGGCAAGACAGUUUAAGGCAAUAAAAGCGAAAAUGGAGGAACUUAGGCCUUUGAUACCAGUGCUGGAAGAGUACAAAGCCGAUGCAAAAUUGGUAUUGCAGUUUAAAGAGGAGGUCCAGAAUCUGACGUCAGUUCUAAACGAACUCCAGGAGGAGAUUGGCGCCUAUGACUACGAAGAGCUUCAGAACAGAGUGUCAAAUCUUGAAGAAAGGCUCCGUGCAUGCAUGCAAAAAUUAGCUUGCGGAAAACUGACGGGAAUAAGUGACCCAAUCACGAUAAAAACCUCGGGAUCAAGGUUCGGCUCAUGGAUGACGGACCCUCUAGCUCCAGAAGGUGAAAACAAGGUCUGGUACAUGGAUAGCUACCACAACAACCGCUUUGUCCGAGAGUACAAAUCCAUGGCGGAUUUUAUGAACACAGACAAUUUCACCUCUCACCGACUCCCUCACCCUUGGUCUGGCACUGGUCAAGUGGUCUAUAACGGCUCUAUCUAUUUCAACAAAUACCAAAGCCACAUAAUCAUCAGGUUUGACUUGAAAACAGAAACCAUCCUCAAGACUCGUAGCCUGGAUUAUGCUGGUUACAACAACAUGUACCACUACGCCUGGGGUGGGCACUCUGACAUUGACCUCAUGGUGGAUGAAAAUGGGUUGUGGGCCGUCUACGCCACCAACCAGAACGCGGGGAACAUUGUUAUCAGCAAGCUGGACCCCAACACUCUGCAGAGCCUCCAGACCUGGAACACCAGUUACCCAAAACGCAGCGCCGGGGAGGCCUUUAUCAUCUGCGGCACGCUCUACGUCACCAACGGGUAUUCGGGAGGAACCAAGGUGCACUACGCGUACCAGACCAACGCCUCCACGUACGAGUACAUCGACAUCCCCUUCCAAAACAAAUACUCGCACAUUUCCAUGUUGGAUUACAACCCUAAGGAUCGCGCCCUCUAUGCCUGGAACAACGGGCAUCAAAUACUUUACAAUGUCACCCUCUUCCAUGUCAUCAGGUCUGACGAAUUGUAGUCCCGUCUUGUCUAGAAACUGAUUUCAAACCAACAAAAUUACUAAUCUCGAGGAAACACACUUAUUUAAAAAUAAAUCAAAUAAAUAAACAGCUGCCAAAAUAAAGAACAACUUCAUGGAGGAUUGAUUCUACAGCAUAAAUAUGACAGAUCAGCAUUACCUCUACAUUUCUAGAAGUCCAAUCCUGUGUUAUAGACUUAAGAAUAAUAAGAGUAAUUGCAGCUGGAACUGCACUUAAAGAUACACUGAAGUUUUGGGUUUUGUUUUGUUUUUUUGUUCCAAUAGAAAAGCUAUAGUACAUACUAAAGAAGUAAGGCAAUGACUGUUGGAAGCUUAUCAUUGGGGACUCUCUCUCUCUUUCUCUCUCUCUCUCUCUCUUUGUGUGUGGGUUGCAUGGACAUUUUCCUAUAUCAUGGUCAGCUGUGAUGGAUGUGUGAUUUGUAUUUCUAAGUGGAAAAGCUGACCCAUGAGGAGCUAUCUUGGUGUCUGGUUAAGACUAACACUGGUUAGUUUUACUUGCAUCUCAUUGCAGCUAUUGUCUCUCAAUUGUGUUUUUGUCACUUAGAUUAACUGUGCUGAGACCCAAAGUAGCUCAUGGAUAUGUGUCUUAGUAACUAUUAAACACGAUGGUUUAAGUAUGUAUUAUGAACAAGUUGUUGUACCCAUAUUGUUUGAACUUAUGUAUUCAGCAAAUAUAUUGUAUAAUGUAUGUCUGUUAUUUACCAGAGGUGGCAAAACUUUGUAUGUCCAGUUUAUGCAAUGGAUGUUGUAAAUGCAAUGACGUAGUUUGGACUAAUAAAUGAUGGUUUUGUUGCUGAAAAGAGAAAAAAAUCAGUGUUCACCCUUAUACACAGGUAACCAAUUUCAUGUUGACAAUUAAAGAAAAAAAUCUCUUACUGUUAUAAUAUAUACAUAGCAUUAUGAUUGAUGGUUACAGCUUCCGUGGAAAUUCUGUGGUGUUGGAUUCCCACAUGAAGCUUGCUGAAUAUGGAAGUGUGAAGGAAAUUAAUUUUUUUAAGAGGAAAACUUUGUACUAUCCACAGUUAUCUAAGGAACAAUAAAAAUAUUA